AUGGACUCGACAGCUGCUCCUCGCCCUCGACCGAGGCCUGCGCACACCCAAGGCACAACUCGAUGCGCUUACACCAAGGAUGGCAGCCGGCUGGUCACCGUGGGCUCCAACAACACCAUCCGGCUCUACAAGACAGGCUCGGACGGCGAACCGACAAACAUUGACGAUUGCCAGGAGCAGAACGUUGCUGUGGCUGCGGCCCAGGACUUCUUCGUUGUCGGCUCCGAGGACGGCACCGUCAGCCUAUACUCGCUCGCCACGUCCAACUUUGAGCGCUUCCUCGUGCGAACGUCGCUCCCGGUGCGAGAUGUGGCGCUUUCCGCAGACUCGCAGUGGUGCGCCGUGGCCAGCGACGAAUUGACCGUCAAGGUCGUGAAUACGCAGGACAUUAAGCAGCUGCGGCACCUCAACGAACACGGCCGCGCCGCUCGACACGUCAGCCUGGAUCCCAAUGGCCGGAUUGCUGCCAUAUCCUGCGUUGACGGAAUCAUAUACAUCUACUCUCUGACGGCAGAGCAGCCUGAGCUGAUACACAAGGUGGACGGGGUGAUUGGCGCUGGGGACACAGAUUCAGAGGCUUCGGUCAAGGCAGUUUGGCAUCCAGAUGGCAGGGCAUUUGCUGUCGCGACGCCGACGCGGGAUAUCCAGGUCGUAUCCAAGAACGACUGGGAGAAACAGCGCUCCUUUACCAAUGGCCACUCGGCAGAUAUCACCGCCCUCGCCUGGUCACCCAACGGCGUCAUGCUGGCGUCGGCCUGCAAGGGCGGAAAGGUCCUGAUCUGGGAAACCAGCACGCAAAACGUCAUUCAGCGUUACGAGUAUUCCAAUGUCAUCGACCUGGCGUGGCACCCGUCCAAAAACAUUCUCUCCUUCACGACCACGGAGGGAGAGCUGCCGGUGCAGCCAGCCCCCUUUAUUCACGACCCCCUAUUAGAAAUAUCUGCCAACAGAAGAGCUCCGGCGGUCAAUGGCCAGAAGCGCGACAUUCCCACGCGUCCUCGCCGAGACUCUUUGGGCAGUCUUGACUCAUAUCUGGAGGAUGAAAACUAUGCAGACGGCGAUGAUGAUGGCUUUGUCGUUGAUGAUGACGGUGCCGGGUAUACGACCGGCCAGAAGAGAGGCCGUGUGGGCGACGAAGGUACGGGUGACUACGCCAACAAAAGGAGGCAUCUCCUAGACCCUCAGUAUCACGAGGCGUUUCAACCCGGAUCAACACCAUGGAGGGGUAACCGAAAGUAUCUCUGCCUGAAUCUCAUUGGAUUCGUCUGGACAGUGGACCAAGACGGGCACCAUACCGUCACCGUUGAGUUCUACGACCAUGAGUUUCAGAGAGACUUUCACUUCACAGACACCUUUUUGUACGACAAGGCAUGUCUCAAUGAGCGCGGUACUCUCUUCUCGUGCCCCCCAAAGGACGAUCAGCCAGCGACUAUUUUCUACCGUCCUCAUGAAACCUGGACGCAGCGAUCCGACUGGCGGACACAGCUUCCCAAGGGGGAGGCUGUCACAGCCAUGUCGCUCAGCGAGUCUUUUGUUACUGUUGUGACGAGUGCCAACUAUGUGCGCAUUUUUACACUGUUUGGAAUACCCUACCGGGUCUAUCGCCCCAAGAGCACGCCCAUGGUUACAUGUGCGAGCUGGAGAGAUUACGUUCUCACAAUAGGCAACGGCCCUGUCACGGCUGACGGAAACACACGCCUCCAAUAUACCAUUGAGAAUGUCAAGAGGGACGAGAUUUGCCAGAACGAAGAUACUGUGGCACUCCCUGAAGGCGCAACCUUGAAGAGCGCCUUCUUUUCUGACAUCGGUGAUCCUUGCAUUUAUGACUCGACAGGGACACUGCUGACAUUGCUACACUGGCGUCAGCCGUCACGGGCCUCUUGGGUGCCUCUUCUGGAUACCAAGCUUCUAUCCCGUCUUGCCUCUGGUCGAAAGACUGAGACGUAUUUCCCCAUUGCCGUGGCAGAAAACAAGUUUCACUGCAUUAUCCUCAAGGGUGGCGACCAGUAUCCAUACUUUCCUCGGCCUCUGCUCUCAGAGUUUGAUUUUUCCAUUCCCCUGCACUCACUGCAGGAGCCCAAGUCAAAGAAGAGCAAGGACAAUUCAGGUGAUGGAGAGGAUGACGCAAUGGACGAAGACGACGACGAGGAAGAGGAGGAAGGCGCCGAGACGAAGAAACUGGAGCAGCUAUUCAUGCUCAAGGGCGUGCAGGCAGCCCAGCUCCGUGAUCUUGUCGAUGCCACCAGCGGAAGCCAUUCCCAGCGUUCUCUGUUGCCACGGAUCGAGCUGGAGAUUGACAAGACGCUUCUGCAGCUUCUGGCGGUGGAGUGUCGCGAGGGCGAGGAUAGGGGCAUGCGUGCGCUCGAGAUCGUAGAACUGAUGCGUGACCGCACUGGCCGGAUGAUGGAGGCGGCGUACAAAGUUGCAGAGCGGUACGGGCGUACGAUUUUGGGAGAGAAGAUUCGGGAGGUUGGAGAGAAUAGGGUGAGUGGUGACGAUGAUUUCUGA